AUGCUCUUUCUUCGAAUCAGUUACAAACAGGUGAAAGUCAAUCAGCUUCUGCGGGAACGCUCCCUCUACUUCGAGAUCGGGGGUGGUGGCUACUUCUUCAAAAAGAAGAGCAAGGAUGCUCAAAGGAAAGAUGCUCUCAUCCAAAGGUAUGAGACCGCGCCGGGUAUCGCCCGGUUGCGCAGAUACGUGCUUUCCUUGAUGUUGGCUGCCUUCGCAACUGCUGGCGCCGGCUUUGCGGCAGGCGGCGAGAUUCGAAGAGUCGAUCCAGACGAGGAGGAGGAUGCGACAGCUGAAUAA